UUGGGCCGGGCAGGGAGUGUCCAGCGGCUGGAGCACAGGGUGCGGGGAGACUACAUGACCGCAGGCCCCCGGGGACAUGGGGAAGAAACUGGUGACAGCGCAGAAGCGUGGCGAGACGCGGGCACUCUGCCUGGGUGUGGCCAUGGUGGUGAGCGCGGCCAUCACCUACUACGUGCUGGGCACCACCCUGCUGCCCCUCCAUCUCCGAAGCGUGUGGACCCUGAAAUCCACGUGUCACCUGAUCGAGACCCACAUCCACGACCAGGAGGAGCUGCAGGGCAAGAUGGUGCCCCGGUACCCGUGCCUGUGGGUGAACGUGUCAGUGGCAGGCGAGUGGGCCAUGCUGUACCACAUGGAGGAUACGCUGGACCAGAACGAUCAGUGCUCCUACAUCCCCCACAGCCGGGACAGCUACCGGGCAGCGCGGGAGGAGGUGGAGGUGGCGCAGCGGCGGUUCCGGGAGCACCAGGCCUUCUACUGCUUCUCGGCGCCCAACGGCAGCGGGGACCCCCGCGGGGUGCUGUACCGGCGGCGCUACGGGCCCCAGGCCCUGCUGGAGGCGCUGCUCUGGCCCAGCUGCCUGCUCACGGGCGGCCUGUUGGUCAUCGCCAUGGUCAAGCUCAACCAGUCCCUCUCCGCUCUGGCUGCCCAGAAGUAGCCCCGC